AUGUCGGAGCAAAAGACACCCCAAGAAACGGCCCAAGAAAACGAAGUUCUGAAGAAUCCUCACGAAAUCCAAGUCGAAAAGAAUGUACUUUCCGGAGAAGCAGGCUUCAAUGUUUCAACUGAAGACCGUCCGUUGCAAACGCCCACUGCCGAAAGACCUCACGUCCUUAUCCUGGGUGGUGGUGUGAGCGGACUGUUGACCGCAUGGAUGCUUCUUGACAAAGGGUACCGGGUGACGAUCCUUGCCAAAGAAUAG